AUCUUUUUAAUUAAUGGACGCCUUAGGAACAGUAAAUAUGGCGAUUUCCGCGUCAUCGUACUCCCAGAUAGGGUUGUGUUUUUCUGCAUGACAACUGAACUACUGGCCAAAUGGACAAGCCAGAAAACUACAACGGCCAAGGUCAAAAAUGUGGAAGACUCCAGCUCAAUAUAUGAAACGUGUGUGUUUGGCAACAAUCCAAAGCCAUGGUGCUGAAAAUAUUUUUCCCACAGUGCUGUGUCCAGGCUGAAAGUGGCCUUUUGAUCGGCCGCUGGCUCCCUAAACACAACUCGGCUGUUGUUUUGGCUGUCGUCCACUUUCCUUUCAUUCCUUGCCAGGUAAAGCAAUAUCUGUGUCAGCUUAAAAAUCUGAUUAAGCUGGAGCUUGCCAUUGUAGGUUCAUGGAGCAAAGCUGUUAAAGGUCAGGAGAAACAGGACAGCUUCCUGGAGGAUCUCUGCACUAUCUUUCCUCAAGGUGACUGGCUUCAAAUGUACAGUGAGAAGGGAAAGAGGGGAUUUGACUGUCGUGUUAUUCCGAGAAAUGGAACCAAAACCAUGAACAAUGACAAAAAUGUAGUUAUCAUCCAUUAUGACCAGCGAAAAGUGAUGCUGUCUCAGCUCCACCCAGAAGAUGGCUUGGUUCUUGGCUCUCGGACAAAUGUGUCAGAGCUUACAAUGGUUUUCCAAACUGUAUCCCAAAGCCAGGAGCUCUUCCAUUCAGACAAAUAUGAUGAAGGACCAUUCAAAGUGACCCACUGGCAGUCAGAGGGCAGGGAGGCAAGUAUCAUCAUUGAACUAUGCAAGCAGGCCUCAGUUCCUGUAUGCUUCGUGAUUAACUGCUUUCUGACUGUCUGGUUCUGGAUGUGCAAAAGCAGGAUCCUAAACUUGUGGCCUGCACGCUUUGUGUCUAGCAAGUUGUCCACCUGUGUCCAGUUGAACCACCGGGCAGAACAACUACAGAUAAUGAGCAGUCCCAGGAAAACAUCUGAGCAUUUGGAAUUCAUGAGGAAAGGAAAUAUCUUCUUGUCGUUCCUUAUCGAUUUAGCCCUUGGGCUGCUGCUCAUCUCUUGGCUGUACAGGGAAAAUCGCAUUGCACGCCUUGCUGACAUGUUGGUCCCUGCAGCAGAUCGUGUUGCAGAAGAGCUUCAGCAGCUGUUGCAGUGGUUGAUGGGAGCACCUGCUGGGUUAAAAAUGAACCGUGCAUUGGACCAGGUGCUAGGAAGGUUCUUUCUCUAUCACAUCCACCUAUGGAUCAGCUAUAUUCAUCUAAUGUCCCCAUUCAUUGGAAUGAUACUGUGGUACCUGGGCUUGUCUGCAUGUCUUGGCCUAACCAUUGCCCUCUCAGUCUUUUCCGACAUCGUUGCCCUGCUCACCUUUCAUAUCUACUGUUUUUAUGUCUAUGGAGCAAGACUCUACUGUCUAAAGAUCUAUGGCUUAUCCUCACUGUGGCGACUUUUCCGAGGAAAGAAGUGGAAUGUCCUAAGGCAGCGAGUGGACUCUUGUUCUUAUGACCUGGACCAGCUCUUCAUUGGGACUCUUCUCUUCACGAUUCUUUUGUUCCUGCUUCCAACUACUGUCCUGUAUUACCUUGUCUUCACCCUGCUCAGGUUGCUGGUGGUGUUGUUCCAAGGCCUGUUUCAUCUCUGCAUGGACCUCAUUAACUCUUUUCCACUAUUCGCCGUGGGAAUGCGCAUUUUCAGGCCAUAUAGGCUGGCAGCUGGGGUAAAGUUCAGAAUUUUGCAGAAUGACAAAGAGAGGCCACUUCAUUUGUUAAUGGAGAUUAAUCCUUUGACAUUCAGUGCUGUUCUGAAGUGGUACAGGAUCCCCACCUACAGCUGCUACCCAAAAGACUCUUGGGGUGCACUCUGCAAGAAACUGUUCAUUGGGGAGUUAAUCUAUCCAUGGAAAACUAAGCACACAAAAACUGAUUAGGAUGGAUUAUGUGCCAAAGCCAAACACCCUCAUUUUCUUCUUGGCAACCUGGUAGGGGAAAGCUCUGGUAAAGUGAAUGUUCUGAUCCACUGGUGAUGCCAAUAAGUUUUGACCAUUAAUAUACUAAUCCCCACCGUUAGACGUAUAAUGUUGAGGUAUUGUGACUCAUGCCCAAACACAAGAAGCAACAUAAAAGUAUUUGGUAUUCCUUUAUCUUCCAAUUUUCCUACAGCAGUUACUAAGUUGUCUUACCAGUAAGUGAAAGCCAGAGAGUGCAGCAGUCUUUCUCCAGCACCAAGACAAACUGAGGUUUUGCAUAGAAUAGUCCUACUCAAACUCUGACCAUAGUUUUAUUUUUAAAUUUUCAGUAUUUGUUUUCUGAAUAAACAUAUUUAAAUUAGAAUUUUUUCAGGUAUCAAAUUGUUACUGACUUAGUUAUUUACAUUUGAUUGUUCAUGCUACAAAAUCAUUAGACAAAUUUUAGUAAAGUGAUGUUUUAAAUACUUUGUGUACGCCUGUUUUAAUAUUCAUAUGUUUGAUAUAACAUCACACUAUGUGGGAAACAUAUUUCCUACUGCCAGAAUUACAGUAUUUUUCUCUCGUGUACAAAGAAAUCACUUUUCAAAUUUCAUUAGCUGCACUUAAAAAUCUGUGGACACAUAGCAUAGCACUAGUCUACAUACCAGCAAAGGGUUCCCAGCAAGGGCCUACACAGCAGUACAACGUUUUUCCAUUGAUUUUUUUUUUUAACAGCACUUCACAUCAGGUUAGCUCAGAGUGCUUCAGAGAUUGUCAAAAGCUAAACUAGCACAGAAUAAUAAAUUAAUGCUGUUUUCUUCUGUAUUGCUACUGCUGCUGCCAACAUAGACGCAGGGUGCCCCCAACCUUGACCAGGAAUAAAAUGUGUAAAGAAUAGAUGCAUAGUAAAUUGAAAAACACAGAAUAUGCUAAAGACCAAGUGGAGGCAGAGAAGGAUUGAAUAACAAAACAGGAAAGCUGGGCAAUGUAGUAAUGGUGGUAUUGGUCAUGGUUAUAUUGAAGAGCUCAGGGAAAGAAAACUUUAAAAAGUCAUUCUCAAUCCGGUUCAGUGUGGUUGAGGGAGGAGCUGAUCCCAGCAACAUUAGGUGCAACUCAGGAAACUAAUCAAUCUACCCAGACACAUACCUAGUGUGGAGUGUACAGCCAGGGCCCUUUCCCAGCCGGGACGCCUCUACACUGGAAGGACUGGGGGGAGGGAACAUAUCUAGAGCAUUACCUCCCCCAGCAUGGUAGGUGGCAGCCCCACUGUGUUGCAACAGUGCCUCGAACUCCUGCAGUGCUUCAUGGGAGUUGGAAUUUGGUGCAGCCCUGUUGGGUUCUGUGGAGUGCUGCCAGGGGCUGCUGCAGCUACUGCUGAGCCCCUAAUUGCAGAACUUCCGCCACGCCUGGAAUUGCUGCCGGAACUAAGUCAACAAUCACCUGGAGCACUUCCGGGUGCCUUAUAAGAGGAGCCAGCAGCCACUACUCUGGGAGCAGGAGUCAGGAGAAGGUGGACGAAAUUAGUGGAGUGACAAAGAGAGGAAAAGAGAGAAGAAGUGUGCUGUGCUUUAUGUACUGUGCUGUGGGGAGCAGAAAAAGUACUCCCAAGGUGUAAAUAAAACAGGUGUGCUGGACUGGAA